AUGACAACGAUAAUGAAAGCAAUCAAUGAAAGAAGCAGCGGCAACAAUAAAAGCACAGCAGCCAAGUCUCCAAACCGUGGUGACCGUGGCGAUGAAGACGAGCACGAUGAGGGAGAAUGGUCGGACAAUUGUUUAUAUCGGCGCAUGCUACGAGGUUCCCAGCGGAUUCAAAUGAUGAUGAAACGACAACAGAACAGCUUGCCAUUACUGCAACAAGCCCUUCAGAAUGCAGAAGUGGAACCGUCCGUUCUUACUGGAAUCAAAGUUCUUCGGAUUAAUAUUUUGAAGAGUAAGACCUUUGAUGUGAGAUAUUUUACCAUUGAUCAGAGCCGAGAAUUCAUUUGUGUGACGCCCGAACCAUUGCCACCUAAUGUAUUGGCGGAAAACAACAAGUCUUAUCGACACUACUAUUACAGUAGUGACCCACAAAAGAAAGAGAAAGCUUAUGCUCCCCCUUAUCAAUUCAUUGAUGUGGCCGACAUUGAUGCCUGGCAUGUUGGUACGGUAGCAACCUUUCGGGCCGAAGUGGCACGUCGUCUGGAGACGGACCGAAGUACGGGAGGUUCUACCUUCGAUGAAGUCGCAACGGAAAAGCUAUUGACCAUUUACUACAAGGGCGGCUCGGAAACCUUGGAUUUGGUGGUGCCUGUGGCCCAACAAUUGAACAUGAUUGUUUCCAGCCUCUCCGAGAUUCAUUCCACCUUUCAUAGAGCCCAACCAUGGAUCUCCAAGGAAUCUUCUUUAUUGAGAUAUAUUAUUGCCAAUCAAAUGGUUCCACCCAUGGAAUCCAGUGAGACCAUUACUCAAGCGGAAUUUCACAAGAUUUGCGAGAUGCUCCAUGUGGGCAGUAACAAGGAUGCCGCCUUUUGUUUUCAGAGUCGGACCAACAAGAAUACAUUGCCAUUUUCAGAAUGCAUCCGGAUGCUCCGAACUUUGAAACCCAAAAAGACACAGGCCACGGUCCUUUGGGAUUUUUUGUUUGGAACCAAGAAUGGGAGUGGUGGUACCGGUACGGUUACCCACAAGGACCUUCAUCGACAAUUUCUGUCCAAGAUUCAAAGCGAAUCUCAUUUGUCCAUACGACAAGCACACGCAAUCUUGACAUUUAUUCAGACCAUUGAAAUAGUUUCGGAUCCUUAUUACGAUGAUAGUGAUAAUAAUGACGGUGAUAAUUCUUUGAAAAGCCAAAAGACAGCACUGCAAAAGGAUCAAUUCGAAGAGUUCUUGUACUCUGAUUUGAACGAUGCCUACGAUCCAGAAAUCCAACAAAUGGAACAACGCCUUGACCAACCACUCUCGGCCUAUUGGAUCAAUACCUCCUUCAAGACCUAUCAAAUCCGCACUACUAUUGGUAAUAAGGAACGAACAUGUGCCAGCGUCGAAGGAUACAUGAAAGCAUUGAUUCGAGGUUGCAAAUGCCUCGAUUUAGAUUGUUGGGAUGGACCCACCAUGCCCAAUGCCAAAAUUUGCAUUCCCAUGGUGGGGCACCCCAUGACGAAAGCAACAAGCGACAAUAGUAGCAACAAGAACAAUCUGCUCCUCUUGCGACAUGUCUGCGGUGUGGUAGAAGCCUAUCUUAAAAUGCAUCCGCAAUCCCAUCCCAUUAUAUUGUCGAUUGAAAAUUAUUGUACACCUCCCUUCCAAGAGGCCAUGGCCUUGUUGCUACAUGAAACAUUGGGGCAUCGGUUGCUACUGCCGACAUCACAAAACAAUAAUAGCAAGGAUAAUAAUUCCUCCUGGGAUGAAGAAUCGACACCCUCAUUACCAUGCCUGCCAAGCCCAGAUGCCCUGCGAGGACGGGUCAUAUUGCAUUCCAAAGCACAUCCCGAGUCAUCCUCGUCAACGAUGACGACAAAUGACAAGGAUUGGGUGUCAUUAUUCAACAACAACCGACAGCAAACACGAGAAAUGGAAGAAAUUGUCGGGGGACUUAAGCAACUUGUUUUUUUUGAAGGGGGCAAUCUACUAGAGGGCAAUUUGGACAUGGCAUCAAGCCGAGACCAUAAUCACAAGAUUCUGUCGCUGGAUGGAUCGAAACACAAAGAAUUGCUCCAAGGUGCUUGUGGAAUCGUCAAGGAAAAGGAUCAUCGGAAGCAUCACGCAUCUCACCUGACCAGAAGCCAUCCAUCAUCCUUGAACAAUAAUCCUAAUCCAGUCCAUGCUUGGUCGUUGGGAUGUCAAGCUGUGGCAUUGCGAUUGGGUUCUUGUAGUGGAGACGAUCACGAUAACGCAUCAGUGGUAUUGAACGAUGGACUCUUUCGACAACAAAAUGGGGUUGGCUAUAUCUUGAAACCACCCUCCAUUCUGGGACUCGAGCCGGCACAACCAAUCUCCCUCUUUGUCCGGGUUUUGGGUGGUCGGUGUCUUCCUACUAGUAGUCCCAAGAGCCAUCACCGCCAGAUGGAUCUUUCCGUCUGGGUAACCUUGUACGAUGUUCAAAAGAAUAGUACCAAUACAGAAGCACAGAAUGACAGUAUGAUGGAACAAGUCUACAAGGAUUGUCACAAGACCACUUCGAUAGAUGGCAGUGGAUUUGCACCAGUGUGGAAAGACCGAGGCAAAAAGUUUGGGGUUCAGCAGCCUGAUAUCGCAAUGGUGCUCUUUCAAGUCAUGGGGCGGGAAACGAGUAGUGGUGGCAAGUCAGCUAGUACUUGCGUGGCGAGUGCCGCAGUCCCAGUAUCCUGUUUGCGCAAGGGAUAUCGAUCCAUUCAAUUCUUUGACAAGAACAAUUGCCGUACAGGAGCCUUGCGAUACGCUAGUCUUCUGGUCCAUGUAGAGUAUUAA